AUGACAACAAUAUUUGGACAAGACUUAAGUCCCAGUAUGGCAGUAUUGGUCUACGUGUUUUUACUAUUGGCAUUACUAGUUCUCUGUGGUUCGAUCUGGUAUUAUUGGAGUUAUGCACGUAAAAUCGAACGGUUUCUAGCCCGAGACAAUCAAAACAACAAUAUGAUGCGUCAUCAUCUUGUCGAUAGUUUUCUUCAACGGGGUGAAGAAGAAUGGCCUUGUUCGAUUUGUUUUCAUGAUAAUCAUCCGGACAAGACGAGCUGUGUGAUGUGUCGUACACCACGGAUUAUCACCGCGUCGACACCAUCGAAUUACAUGGCACGUGCUUCUGGAUUGCAUAAACAAGAUUUUAGUCAGAGUCUACUUGAUCAACAGUCAAGAGUACGGAGUUUUCAUGUACGAAGAUUAAAGCAAAUGGAUCUUACUUCUCGACAAAAAGCUGCUGUACGACGGCAUUUAUGGAAGAGAAAAAAAGGAAAAGAUGGUGUCAUGCGAUGGGUACGAAUUGAUGCCCAACAUGCUACUGAUCACAUUAAACAAGACUUGAAACAGAAGGAAAAGAAAAGUGAGACGAUGUACAAUGGUCUGAGUACGCCUUGUAAUGGGACGGCAAUAUUAGGAGGAGAUGCGUUUUCACGUACGUCCAACACCAGUCGUAUCUCAUUGACGUCAUCACUGAAAGAAGACAAUGAGAAUAUUGCACUGGCGUUGCGAGAUUUUGGUGUGCCAGAAGACGGUGGACGUCACCCAGACAGCUCUUUCUUGGCGACAAAUCAUGAUUUGGGGCGUCCGUCGUUCCAGCCGCUGCGUGCAACGGCGUUGAAAUGUCUCGAAGAAGCGGAAGAACGACCGACGAUGGCAUUUUACUCGCAGCAAAACCCGUUCAACCCGGCGAACAAUGGCACGAAAUUGUUUAACUCCAGUGGCAGUGGCAGGAAUUUGUUGUCUAGUAACAGCAUUAACCCGUUGGCUAGCACUCGCGUGCUUGCUAGUUCUCGUGGCUUGAAUCAUAUUGACGAAAACAGGGAAGGCACGAUGGGCGGAGGCCCGAUUUCUGAGAUUGACAGACUAACUGGAAUGGAGAACCGCCGAUUAAACGAAUUGAGCGAUACGACCAUGUCAAAUGUGUCUACAGGGUACGUGCGACAUGAAGAUGGUGAUGGUGGCUACGAGUGGACUCCUGCUGGAAUCGUGGCUGCCUUCGCAGACAAUAGUCGCCGAAUGGACUGUGAGGAUGAUCUUGAGGAGAUCGCCUCGCUUACUUUCCAGGACAAGAAUCGCUGGUUCCUUGAGCAGGUACAGAAGCGCUGGCGAAGCUACGAGGAGGGUCACAUUCAGUUUGUCGUACGACGUGAAAACUUGUUGAGCGAUUCGCUGGAGCAGAUGCUGAAGUGCCCGCCUAGUCGUUUCUGGGAGCGCCUGCGCAUUUACUUUGAGAACGAGCCUGGUUUAGACGCUGGUGGCUUGAUUCGUGAAUGGUACGAGAUAUUGAGUGAUUCACUCUUUAACGAUGAUUUCGGUCUGUUUAUUUCUACGAAGGGUGAGAACAUGGGCUACUGGAUAAAUCCCGCCUCGGCUUCCAAAGUACCCAACCAUCUGGAGUAUUAUGAGUUUGUAGGGCGAUUGCUUGCCAAGGCGCUGAUUGAAGGAUACAACAUGAAAAUGUCGCUUGCGCUGCCGCUUAUUAAACACAUUCUUGGAGUACCGAUUUCGUUCUCGGAUCUCGAGUUUUUGGAUGAAGAUUUGUACAAGAAUGCAUUGUGGAUGAAGCAAAACGACAAGGCCGAUCUACUUGCAAUUGACUUUACGGUACAGGUGAUCACGUCUGAGGGAAAGUCUAAGACGGUUGAGUUGGUACCUGGUGGUGCUGACCGGGAUGUGACAGAUGAGAACAAGAAGGAAUACCUGGAGCUUCUCCUCAAGCACUACAUGUUUGAGAGUAUUUCGGAGCAGCUGGGUGCAUUACUCAUGGGCUUCUACGAUGUCAUGCCACAAUUCCUUAUUACGGUUUUCGACUACCAGGAGUUUGAUCUUUUGCUAUCUGGUGUACCGGAACUGGAUGUGAAUGAUUGGCACGCUCACAGUGAGGUGCGGUGGGUCAAGCUUGAGAAACCGACUCCUGCUGAGCAUCGCGUGCUUAAAUGGUUUUGGGAGUGUAUGGCUGAGUUUACGAGUGAGGAACGCGCACGUUUGUUACAGUUUGCUACUGGCACUUCUCGUGUCCCUGUUCAGGGAUUUAAGGCACUUACGAGCAGCGAUGGCCGAGUUCGGCGAUUUACCAUUCAGUUUGUGCAGCGUGGUGCGCCGCCAACGGGUCUAAUGCCCAAGGGCCACACAUGCUUCAAUCGAAUCGACCUGCCGCUUUACCAUACUAAGGAAGAGAUGAUUAACUAUGUGACGCUUGUGAUGAAUAUGGAGAUCUCGGGAUUCUGGAUGGAGUAA